CACCGACUCUGCGCUCGCCUUCAUGAACCACCGAGGAUGAUUGUGAGGUAUUCGAGCCCGUCGCCCACCAACCUAGACCCCUUACCCUGAGCUCCGACGCGGAUGCAGCAGUAUCCAUCGCCCACUCACAUCUCCUACCAUGCCAGGGCUUCCGUCCACCGUGGACCUUGAUGAGUGCAUAUCAAGAUUGUACAAAAAGGAAUUAUUGGCCGAGUCCGUCAUUGAGGCAAUAUGCGCCAAAACGAAAGAGCUCCUUAUGAAGGAGAGCAACGUAGUGCACAUCAAGGCGCCAGUUACCGUGGUUGGUGACAUCCAUGGCCAAUUCUUCGACAUGAUCGAGAUAUUCAAGAUCGGCGGACCAUGCCCGGACACGAACUAUCUAUUUCUCGGCGACUACGUAGACCGCGGUCUCUUUUCCGUAGAAACGAUCUCCCUUCUGGUCUGCCUCAAGCUGCGUUACCCACAUCGAGUUCACCUCAUUCGCGGUAAUCACGAGUCGCGCGGAGUCACACAGUCCUAUGGGUUCUAUACUGAGUGCUCGCGAAAAUAUGGCAAUGCGAAUGUCUGGCACUAUUUCACUGACAUGUUCGAUUUCCUCACACUUUCCGUGGUUAUAAAUGAUCAAAUUUUCUGCGUCCACGGUGGUCUAUCACCUUCCAUACAUUCUAUCGAUCAGAUCAAGAUCAUCGACCGCUUCAGAGAGAUACCCCACGAAGGACCCAUGGCUGAUCUAGUUUGGAGCGACCCGGAUCCAGACAGAGACGAAUUUUCUUUGAGCCCAAGAGGCGCAGGAUAUACUUUUGGAGCUCAGGUGGUUAAAAAGUUCUUAGAGGUCAAUGCUAUGUCUCACAUAUUGCGGGCGCACCAGCUGUGCCAAGAGGGAUAUCAAGUAUUGUUUGAUGAUAGAUUGAGCACAGUUUGGAGUGCGCCAAAUUACUGCUACCGAUGUGGAAACAUGGCCAGCGUACUGGAAGUCAGCGAUACAGGCGAACGCUUCUUCAACGUUUUCGACGCGAGCCCUGAAAAUGAUCAGCAUCGUAUUGAUCAGCAGAACCAGCAAGGCAAAGAAGUAACAACUGAGUAUUUCUUAUGAGAUACUUGGUUGUUGUAUGAUAAUAAACGAUAUGGGUCGGUGUUUGGCUUAGAGGCGUUUGGAACUGCUCUAGAUUACGGAUAUCCUGCAUGCUAAGUUUCAGUGUUGUGGUUUUUGUUCUCCGGUUAUACAUUGCUUUAUAAGCAUAUGAAGUGGAUGAUGCAGAUCGAAAGCAAUGAUGCAAAGUCCAUAUGUAACUAACAAACUUUGUGACGUUUGAUAUGCAUCGUUGGUUGCCGGGCGCUAUGCCACCUCAUAGCUCUCGUGGAUUCGAGCACUCCAUAUCCACAGUUCAAUGAAGCUCCCCUCUUUCGAAAGUUCAUGAUAUAUAUUUCAACAUCCUAAAU